CCCAGCAACGUGCGUUUUCCCUUUGACCUUGUGCCUGAGUACUGGCGGGAGAUUGUUUGCAUCAUGGCGGUGCAGCCGAAGCAGAGCAUGUCUAUGGACAGUGCCGCAGAGAGCGGCUUUAUUAACUUCUAUUUCUCAAUGCCAGAGAAACCGGACACCACCAUCAGAAUGUUUGAUCGUAGUGAAUAUUAUACGGUGCACGGGAAAGAUGCGUUGUUUGCAGCUAAGGAAGUGUUCAAAACAAAUGGAGUAAUUAAGAAUCUUGGAGCAGGUAGUCGGAAAUUGGAAAGUGUUAUUCUCAGUAAAAUGAAUUUUGAGUCCUUUGUUAAAGAUCUUCUUCUGGUGCGACAGUACAGGGUUGAAGUUUAUAAGAACAAGGCAGGUGGAAAAGCAACCAAGGAGCAAGACUGGCAGCUGGCAUAUAAGGCCUCUCCUGGAAACCUGACCCAGUUUGAAGAUAUCCUCUUUGGUACUGGUGAGCAGUCGGCUGGAGCAGGUGUUGUUGGUGUAAAGAUAGGCACGGGUGAAGGAGGCCAGAGGCAGGUUGGAGUGGGCUAUGUGGACUGUACACUGAGGAGGUUUGGGGUGUGUGAAUUUCCCGACAAUGACCAGUUCUCAAACCUAGAGGCUCUCCUAGUACAGAUUGGACCCAAAGAAUGUGUACUGGCAAGUGGGGAGGUUGCUGGAGAUGUUGCCAAGCUGAGGCAGGUGGUUCAGCGUGGUGGAAUCCUUAUCACUGACAGAAAAAAGACAGACUUCAGUACCAAAGACAUUGUGCAGGAUCUAAACCGAUUGCUCAAGGCCAAGAAGGGGGAACAGAUUUCCAGUGCUGCUCUGCCUGAAAUGGAGAAACAGGUUGCCAUGUCAUCAAUUUCAGCUGUGAUUAGGUACCUGGAGCUGCUUGCAGAUGAGUCAAAUUUUGGCUGUUAUGAGUUAACAACUUUUGACCUUAGUCAGUACAUGAGACUAGAUAAUGCUGCAGUACAGGCACUUAAUCUUUUUCAGGCUUCUGCGGAGGACACCACAGGAACUCAGUCUUUGUCUGGUUUGUUGAAUAAAUGCAAAACACCUCAAGGUCAGCGACUGGUAAACCAGUGGAUUAAACAACCACUUAUGGACCAAAACCGUAUUGAAGAGAGGCUGAACCUUGUUGAGUCUUUGAUGGAAGAUUCUGAGUUGAGACAGAGCCUACAAGAGGACAUCCUUAGACGUUUCCCAGACCUUAACCGCCUGGCUAAAAAAUUCCAGAAACAUUCUGCCAAUCUACAGGAUUGUUACCGGGUUUACCAGGCAGUGGGCCAGCUACCCAACCUUGUGCUUGCACUAGAGAAAUAUACUGGAAAACAUCAGAUGCUUCUGCAUGCCGCUUUCAUCUCCUCUCUGAACGACCUCAUCAAUGAUUUCAACAAAUAUCAAGAGAUGAUCGAGACAACGCUGGACAUGAAUCAGGUAGAACACCAUGAAUUUCUGGUCAAGCCAUCCUUCGACCCCAAUCUGACAGAGCUUAGAGAAAGGAUGGAUGACUUGGAAAAAAGCAUGCAGUCUGUACUUAACAGUGCUGCCCGAGAGCUAGGUCUGGAAGCAGGUAAAUCUGUCAAACUAGAGUCAAACUCACAACUUGGGUAUUAUUUUCGAGUGACAUGCAAGGAAGAGAAAAGCCUUCGUAACAAUAAGAAAUUCACGACGUUGGACAUUCAAAAGAAUGGUGUCCGCUUUACUAACAGCAAGCUAAGCUCCUACAAUGAAGAAUACAUGAAAAGCAAAGAGGAGUAUGAGGAAGCACAGAAUGCUAUUGUAAAGGAGAUCAUUAAUAUUUCUUCAGGCUAUGUGGAUCCAAUCCAGACUCUUAAUGAUGUGAUUGCUCAACUUGACGCAGUGGUCAGUUUUGCUCAUGUGUCAAAUGGAGCCCCAAUGCCUUAUGUACGACCAAUCAUUUCAAGAAAAGGUCAAGGCCGUCUUGUCUUGAAAGCUGCACGACACCCAUGUAUCGAAGUGCAAGAUGAUGUGGCUUUUAUCCCCAAUGAUGUGACAUUUGAGAAAGGAAAGCAAACAUUUCAUAUAAUAACAGGCCCAAACAUGGGAGGUAAAUCUACCUAUAUUCGGCAGGCAGGAGUCAUUGUUCUCAUGGCUCAGAUUGGAUGUUUUGUACCAUGUGAUGCUGCAGAGAUUAGUAUUGUUGAUUGCAUCUUGGCUCGUGUUGGGGCUGGAGACAGUCAGUUGAAGGGUGUCUCUACAUUUAUGGCUGAAAUGCUGGAGACAGCGGCUAUUCUUCGGUCAGCAACAGAAGAUUCUCUAAUUAUAAUUGAUGAACUUGGAAGAGGGACAUCAACAUAUGAUGGCUUUGGGCUGGCCUGGGCAAUCUCUGAGUACAUUGCUACAAAGAUUCGAUCUUUUUGUCUUUUUGCCACUCAUUUCCAUGAGCUAACAGCCCUUGCUGACCAGGUGCCCACUGUGAACAAUCUACACGUCACUGCUCUGACAACGGAUGAAACUCUCACCAUGCUGUACCGAGUUAAAAAAGGUGUCUGUGAUCAGAGUUUUGGAAUCCAUGUGGCUGAGCUGGCCAGCUUUCCAAAGCAUGUAAUUGAGAAUGCAAAGCUGAAGGCUCUUGAACUUGAAGAGUUUCAGUAUAUUCAGAAAUCUGAACAGUCAGAGAGUGCGCCAAUUGUUAAGAAGCGCUAUAUGGAACGGGAGGAAGGGGAGAAGAUAAUUGAGGAUUUCUUGUCUAAAGUGAAGGCUCUGCCCAUAUCUGAGAUGUCUGAAGAAGCUGUCAAGAAAGAACUGAAGAAAAUUAAAGCAGGUGUUCUGGCGAAAAAUAACAAUUUUGUGAAUGAAGUGUUGUCCCGAUCUAAAGUUGUGGCUUAAAAAGGAAAGCAAGUUGGAUUUAGAAGAUGUUGGUCUAUAUCAUCAUACUCCGCUUCAUACAAAGAAGUUCUUAUUUUAGAACGGUGUAGGAUCUUCUUUAAUGUUCAUUUUAUGAGCAGCCUGCUGCAUCUUCAUGCUGAAUAUUUUAUACUUUCAGCCACAGUUAGACUUUUUCUGAGUGCUCUGAUUAAAAUGUACAUACUUUUUGUAAGUUCAAUAAAAAAAAACUCCAUUUA